AUGCGAGGCUGUGUACGCUAUCGAGAUGCGACCCUUACUAGAGAAAGCACAACUGCAACUCUCUACAUCCGAGAGCUAUCCAAGCCGCUGGACGAGUAUACAGCUGUCACUGCUCUCGGGGGAUCCCAAACAUUCACUUGUGAAUAUCAUGGAGACAGUGGUGUGGGUGGUGUCACGUGGACUUAUAACGAUUUAGCUCUGCCUGCUGGAUAUACUAUUACUGAGGGAAGUUACGUUACUGGAAGCAAGAAGUGGGAAUCUGUUUUAACAUUGAACCUGAUCAUAAAAUCCAGUGGAGGAGCGCUCAAGUGUGCUUACUCCUUCUCAGGAACUGGUGAUGACAUCAAAUCCACCACUAACUUCAGGGUUCGAUCUGUCGACGCUUUGGCCGCAGAGGAAGUCUCCAGCGAGGCCUCGCACACCAUAACUUGUAACUACAAGGGAACAGACGACCCAUCUGUAUCCUGGACUGUAGCUGGUUCAAUUGUUUUGGACUCUGAUGAUGGAAUAACCAUUACUCCAGGAACUUUGAAUACCGGAACAAAUGAAAGGUCUGAUGAGCUCACCAUAUUGGGACGAACCUACUCUGAUGCCAGCAAAGUAAUUGUUUGCAAGUACUCAUUCACCAACCCUAAAGCGGAACUUACUGCAAAAACAGUCCUAAAGUUCAGAGGCCUGAACGCCAGACUGAAUACCAAAUACUACUCAAUCGGGGCUGCCGUCACGAUGGAGUGCUCCCUGGGUGUGGGUUCUGAUGGUGCGGUACCUACCUCUACUGCUUGGUACAAGAAUUACGUUGAUACUGACAGUACACCAAUUGCUUACACCGACCCAUAUGACGUAGAAACCGAGUCUUCCAUCACCAACGGCCUCUUCAAGACAACACUAACAAUAAAAACGGCCGGUAUCACAAUAGAAAAUGCUGGAAGUUAUCGGUGCAUGUUUGUUGUAUCUGAUACUGAGAAUUACCAUUCUGAAGGAACACUAGUUGUAAGAAUUGUCACCAAGACCCCAACAGAUGCCAAUAUCUAUAGUUAUACUAACGCAGGAUUAAAGUUGAGUUGCACCCUUGAUGCCAGCGAUGCUCAGUCUGGCAUUACAUGGAGAGGUCCAGAUGGCGUAAUAGGAACCUCACAGUACAGUUAUGAAGAAAGCAAUGACUAUAUUCACAUCCUUUACCUAGCAAGUUCAGACUCUAGUGGCGAAUACAAAUGUACCUUUGCAUUUGCCGAAGGAACAUUGACAGUACCUGAAGGUGUCUUCUCUAAUGUGAACUUGAACCUGAUAGAGAUGGUAAGCCCUGCUGCCCUUUACAGCACCUACGGAGCGGGAGUGAUGGUCACACUUAGCUGCCAAGUUACCUCCCCAAGUCAACUUGAACUUAGAUUCCACAAUGGCUCCCAAGAUCUUGCUGCAUCGUCAACUAAACUCGAAGGAGGAAAGACAAAAGCUGAGUAUGUGAUAACAAUUGAUGCAGCAAGCAAAGGGGACACCUUCACAUGUAGAAAGAGUGAACUGGAGUUCAGUCCAACAUCAUCUACCCUGACCGUGUUCUCCAUAUCCACACCUCUGGUCACCCCAACUAGAGGCAACUCUGAAGAUAACAUCAACCUGGUUUGUGUUGCAGAGUCCCAUGCAGAUAUUACUACUCCAACUUUCACAUGGCUGCUAGGAGAGUCAGCUGCUACUGAAACAGCUGAUGCAAAUGUGGUUGCCGAAGACAGCUCUACGGUGUCUAGUACCCUCCCCAUCACCAUCUCCUCUACCAACGAUGCAAGGGUCUAUAAGUGUAUUGUUACUUACACUGGCCUUGCUGCCGGAACUAACCUUGAAAGUGCAACAACCAUUACAAUGAACACAAAACCUGUCAGCCUUCGAGUUUGGAUCGGAUCAGGUGUGGCAGUGUUGACGUGUAUUUUGCUGGUGCUAGCUGGAUUUUGUAUAACAAAAAAGAAAUCAAAAGGAGGCUCUGCUGGAACGGAAAAUGAAUUCAAACUCAACAAGAAAACAACAAAUUUACAAGAAAACAACGGUCCAGUUCCGCCCACUCCAGAUCAUUACAAUUAUUGUAAUGAUGAUAUUAUUCUUCACCCUUCCAAUCUCUACUCUGAUACUUCCGAAAUAGUUUCUCACAGAAGUGGAAAACUGCAUGACGAUACGAUUAUCCACAACAAAACUGCAUGUGCAUAGAAAGUGUUAAGAGAUUUAGCUAGUCGAUUUCAAUACAAUUAAUUCCAAUACAGAAAACCUGGCUAAAAUACAGAAUAACAUU